AUGGAUGAAAUCACAGAGCUUUGGGAGAAUUUCACUUUAACCAAGGAAAAGGAAGAAACUAUAAUCAUUGAUAGUGAGAAACCAUUAAUGACCCCAGAGAAUGUCCAACGUUAUGCGGUGGGUAAACUUCACACAAGCAAAAGGAUUAGUGUGGAAGCGUUUAGAUCGGUUAUGAAAUCAUUGUGGAAAGUUCAUGAAUCCACACAUAUAGAGACUGCAGGAAUGAACUUAUACGUCAUUGUCUUCAAAUCUAUGGCUGAGAAAAAUAGGGUUCUUACAUCAGGACCCUGGUCUUUCGAAACGUCGUUACUGGUGUUGACUUCGCCAACAGCUACUGACCAACCAAGAGAUAUGAACUUCAAUUUCUUUGCUUUAUGGAUUCAGAUACAUUGCAUUCCUUUUCAAUGUAUGAUCAAGGAUAUGGCAAAAUUUCUUGGGACUAGAAUUGGCGAAGUUGAGGAAAUUGAUUGCAACGGGUCUUAUGAAUGGACAGGACCUUUCAUACGUGUAAGAGUUCAAAUCGAUAUCUCAAAGCCUUUCAAGAGAGGUCUAAAAGUUAGAACUGGUGACGAGAAGGAGAGUUGGUGCCCACUAAGGUAUGAAUGGUAA